AUGAAGUCCACCAUCACCAGCUCCUUUGACGGCGAAGACCCGGAGGAACCGAUGCCGGCGGUCGCAGAUGAAAGCCCGACGGAGGUUGUAGAGAAGCCUGUGCCUCGUCCCAGGUCGAUAUUUAAACUAAAGUCCCAAUGCAACGACGACAACAACACUGUUUACUGUGCAGACACAAGUAGCGAUGCAGCCAGUGUGGAGCACUUCCCCGUCAGUGAAUAUUCGUCGGACUUUAAGAAGCCUCGGCCUCCCAGACCCCCACUAAGCAAAAGUAUGAUCUCCAGGAAACCCAGAAUAGAAGCAGGCCAUCCCUACAUGACCUCAACGUCUGAGCCAAGCAGUCCUACUAAGAGAACACCCUCUCCUCCCCCACCGCGGCCCCAACACCCCCCUCACCCCGCCAUCUAUUCUAGAAAGUCUUCAAUGAACCUCAAAUCUGAGGUACGGCCCGACGAGUUUCACUUCAUCCUCUCAAAAUACUUGAGACUUUUUUUUUAG